AUGCUGGGAGAUCUGGAGGCUGGGAGCAGGCUAGCAGGGAGGAGGCUAGCAGCAGCAGCAGCAGCAGCUUCAGCCGGCUCUCAUCAACCUUCAGUUGGAGCUUCAUUUCCGGCCGUCCCGCGCUGUUCGGCCGGUCCCCCCGGACCAGAGGACGGCUCUGUGUUUACCCGAGUCAUGGAGGCCGGCGGGCAGCCUCUCACGGUGUAGGCGGGAGGAUUCGUUGAUUGCCCGAGCAUCAUGGAGCCAGAUGUCAUCCGCAUAUACUCGUCCUCUCCGCCCCCGAUGGAGGACGGCGCCGAGGAGGACGACGCCGAGUUCGGAGACUUCGGCACCUUCUCCGGCGUCCCCAACAGCAUCAGCUUUUCAGAAUUCGACACCCCGACCACUUUCAACCAGACGCAGGCUUUGAACGCCACCUCCCCGCCGGAGAUCCUCAACAACAGAGGGGUGGUGGGGUUCAGCCACAGCUCCUCCAACGGCACCCACACCCCCAAUAAUGAGCUGUCGAAGGCGAACGGCGUGGUGCCGCCGGGCCACCUGGGCAGCAGCCCCUCAGAAAGAACUGAGAUGAAAAAGGUUCUCGCCAGCUCUCUGGAUUUAUCCGCUGGCAGCGAGCCCGUGGACUGUAACGGCGGCGGCACGGAGGUGGAGGUGCUCACAAACGGGUUUGCGCCCUUGGACACUCAGGGAAGCCCCUCCUCACAGAAUUCUGUCCACUCUCACACAAAAGGAACGUCCACUGGGGACAACGGCUGCGUCCCCGUCCAGACUUCAGAGGAUGAUUUUGCAGACUUUGCUGCUUUUUCAAACGCUGAAGGACACCUCGGCCAGACGGCGAACGAGGACUUGGACAUCCCCACGGGGGACAGCUGGCCGGCAGAGUCUGCCUGCCCGGAGGAACACUGUAAUAUAGCACAGGGAACAACUUCAGAGGACGAUGUCAGGGACACAAACAGAACUGGACCCAACACAUGCGGCUCUGAUUCCUUAUCUGUCCCUGCCGAGGCCGCAGACGGCUCGUGCGACACGGACCGGGUCUCUCACACGGACGCUGACUCUCAUCAAAGGGACGUAGCCUUUGCCUCAGAGGCAGUUUGCACUAACGAACCCCUCCAUCUGAACGGGGUGGAUGUAGCUGACGGGGAAGAUUCCAAAGACGCCGCCGUCUGCAGCGAAAACGACCUCUCACCGGACGCUGCCGCCGACGCCGAGGCCGGACAGUCGGACGAGAAGGGCUCCGGGAAUGAGACCGAGACCGAAACGGAGACGGAGACGUCGUUCGGUCGGCCGCUGUCCACAGACGCUCUAGAGGAGUACGCAGACAUGAGCACUACGGGGUCAGUGCCCUCCCCGCCCCUUCAAGGGGAGACCACCACGCCCGCCGACCACAGCCAGCUGGUGGAGGACGACAUGGACGAGGACUUUGGGGACUUUGGAGACGCCGGUUCGUUCAGCGGUCAGGGCUUCGCGGAUUUCGAGCAGCUGGACGUCCAACCGGAGCCGAGCAGGUUACAGAGCUCCGCCCCCGAACAGGAAGCCGCGAACGCCAAGGAGGAAGACGACUUCGGCGACUUCAACUCCCCCAAAUUCCACACGGCUGAAAAGGAGGCGGAGGACGGAGGGACGUUUGCAGAUUUCCCCGUCAGCGACAGUUUUGGGAAUUUCAGCUCGGCUGCGGAAGGAGCAGCAGCAGACGACGGGGCGGGCGCGGGGUGGAGCGCCUUCGGAGAGCAGCAGCAGCAGGCGGAGGAGGCGGAGGGGGAGUCCUGGGCGGCGUUCAGCACAGAACAGAGUGUCCGGGGUCCAGCUGACUGCAAAGAAGAGGAGAGGGAGGAGAAGGAGGAGGAGGAGGAGGAGGAUGAGUGGCAUGAAAGUGAAGCUCCUGCUGGCAGCGAGGACGCCAGCGGGACGGACAGACAGACGGCGCUGCUCUCGAGUCGUCUGGAGAAGCUGUUUCAGAGCAGCUUCCCUCCGACCGCCGCCGUCCCUGUCCCCAUGAUGGAGGAGGACGUGGUGGUGUCAUCCCUGAAGGACCUGCUGGAACCUCCGGAGGGGCGACCUCAGCCAGGAGCCAAGGAGGAGGAGACGGAGACGGCGCCGGGGAACAGUUUGGUGCGCUGCGGCGUCUGGUCGCAGCUUCAGGACAUCCACGAGGCGAUCGGUCUCAGAUACCAGUGGGGGGGCUCGCACUGCAACAAAGCACUACUCUGCUGUCUGGGCAUCGACACCAGGAACAUUCUGUUCACAGGGCAGAAGAAGCAGCCGGUCAUCGUGCCCAUGUACGCCGCCAGCCUGGGGAUGCUGGAACCAACCAAAGAGCCUGUGAAGCCCGUCUCUGCAGCAGAGAUGAUCGCUUCCAUAGCCCAGGCGCCUCCAGCUGCUCCGGAAAAACCCUCCUCCUGUCCCCCCGACACCCAGCAGCAGGAGGCGCUCCCACCCGUCCAGUUCGACUGGAGCAGCAGUGGCCUUACCAACCCUCUGGACGCGAGCGGAGGCUCUUCUCUGUUAAACCUGGAUUUCUUUGGUCCUGUGGAGGACUCAGGCUCCACCAGCUCAACCUCCAUCCCAGGAGUCGACCCCGAGCUGUACGAGCUGACGACGGCGAAGCUGGACCCCGGCAGCUCCGGCAGCCGCGUGGCCGACGCCUUCGCCCGCCUCAUGUCCACCAUGGAGAAGACCAGCACCUCCACCAGGAAGCCGAGGAGAGAGGAGAACCUGAGCGAGGAGGCGUCCAAAGUCAUCUCCGGUCUGCCCGACCUCUCCUUCAUGCAGGCCAAAGUGCUGAUGUUCCCCGCCACGCUGACGCCGCUCAGCUCUGCGGCCACGCCGGACUGAAGCCCCGCCCCCUCUUUUUUUUUUCCUUAACCGGUCCAAGUUGUCACCUUCUUUUUUUUCUUUUCUUUGUUAUUCUCUCGCUGCGGCUUAGCUCCUCCCCCUUUCAUCCAUU